AGUUUUUAAUGGAGGUCGUUCUGGAAACUUUUGCUUUGUUCCCACCGCACAGGAAUGCGUGUUUGCACCACUCUCUCUCUCCCCGUUUCUUUGCUGUAUCUCCCGCUUCCUCUCUUGCUGUCUCACUUUCUCUUUUCCCUCUUGAAUUAGGGCACAUUUUUGUGGCAGUGACAUUUGAAAGACUUCAAAGGCAAUGCUCUGUGUGAGCUGUUGAGUUCAUUUGAGUGUGUGAAGCUUGUCGGAUUGUUUUUCAUGCAUAUCUCUGAGUUUAGUUGGUCGCUUGCAAAACUAGCUGCAUUGUGUGACGAGGCACGUGUUCGUGUGUGUACCUGCAUAUGCAUGUGCAGAAAUGAGUGUGGCAAUGAUUCUUUGUACCCUGCGGGCAAUAUAUCUUCCUGCCACUCCCUGUGCAAGGGCAGGGUUUCUUCACUCUUUCCCUCUCUUUCUCUCUCUCACUCUCUUUUCCUCUUCCCCUUGGGGAGGAGCUCUGACCUGUCAUUCUCAAGUCCACACAGGUGAGGGUGCUGCUAAAGGAAUGUGCAGAGAGCGAACGAGCAAAGGACAGAGGGAAAGGUGGAGCGACUUUGUUACCUCACAAAGCCAGAGAAAGAAAGGAAGGGUGUUGCCUGCAACCCACCUGAACAGCUUGAGCAAAAGAGGAGGGACCAGACACACAUACACUCUUAAACACAAGUCGUAUCUGGGGGGAAUAUUCAGUCGAUUUUGCACAGCACCAAGAGGGGUAGGAAGGGAAGCACAUUUUCCUGCAAGCACAAGAAGUUUCCCUGUUGUUUGGAUUUGUGAAGACGCAGGUGGAAAACGGGUUCUUUUCCCUCUUCGGUUAAUCAUUGGACACAAGGGAAAGAAUUAAGGAUUUUCUUUUAUAGAACUUUGCUGUUUCUGGUUGGACUCUGGGACUUGGAUUGGGAAACAACAAACUAAGAGACUGAAAUGGGAGGAUGGGCGCUGCGUCUCGCUGUGGGGAUCUACGUUCUCUUGCUUGCUGUGACAGCCAGCCGUGCUAAUGAGGUGAACCACUGUACCGCUGCCAGAGCAAAAACCUGCUCAGACUGUAUCCGGAUUGGCACAGGAUGUGCUUACUGCCCCGAUGAGCUCUUCGAGUAUGAGCGUUGUGACCUGAAGGACAACUUAGAGGCCCGUAAAUGUAGUAGUCAGAUGGUAACAAUUGAGAGCAGUAGGAAAAUUGAAGAGAAUGUGCAAAUCAAUAAGUUACUGAAGUACUCUCAGGUGGCCCCUCAGUUAAUGAGGAUGACGCUUCUCCCCGGGGAGGAGAAGGAGGUGGAGAUGGAGGUGUUUGAACCAGCCCGUGGCCCUCUUGACCUCUACAUCCUCAUGGACUUCUCCAACUCUAUGUCUGAUGAUCUGGACAACCUGAAGAGGAUGGGAGACCAGCUGGCUCAGAUUGUUGGCAAACUCUCUGAUGAUUACACCAUCGGAUUUGGCAAAUUUGUAGACAAAGUCACCGAGCCUCAGACAGACAUGAGGCCAGCCAAAUUAGCAGAGCCGUGGGCCAACAGUGACCCUCCGUUUUCAUUCACUAACGUCAUCAGUCUCACCAACAACAUAAACACCUUUAGACAGAAGCUCCAGCGAGAGCGCAUAUCUGGCAACCUGGACGCCCCCGAGGGGGGUUUUGAUGCCAUCUUACAGACUGCUGUCUGCCAGGAACAAAUUGGCUGGAGGAAGGACAGCACCCACUUGCUGGUCUUCUCCACCGAAUCAGCAUUCCAUUAUGAGGCAGACGGUGCCAAUGUGCUUGCGGGUAUCUUGAAUCGUAACGAUGAGCAAUGCCACCUGACUCCAGAUGGAAAUUACACACACGAUAUUCGUCAAGACUACCCAUCUAUACCUACCCUAGUGCGACUUCUGGUGAAACAUAACAUCAUUCCAAUCUUCGCAGUUACUAACCACUCCUACUCUUACUACGAGAAACUUUCCGAAUACUUCCCUAUUGCUGAGCUGGGACAGUUACAAGAAGAUUCCUCUAACAUCUUUAACAUUUUAGAAAAAGCUUUUCAGAAUAUUCGCUCCAAGAUCAGUAUCCGUGCAGAAGACAGACCAAAAGCGGUGGAAGCCAAGAUACUCUCUGAGUCUGGCACGGUUUCUGAGUUUGGCAGUUUCAAAAUCAAUCCAGGUGAAACUGGUAAAUUUAGAGUCCGUCUGAAGGCUCUUAAUCAGGUGGGAGAGCAGCAUGUUUGUAAUGCCAAUCAGGCUGACCGGGCAGGAACCUUAAGAGUCAAACCAACCACCUUUAGCUCUGCCUUCAGAAUCAAUGCUGAAGUGCUCUGUCAUACAUGUGACUGCGAAAAGACCCCAGUUAAAAAUGCAGUGCGCUGUAGCAGCCAUGGAGAUCUUGUCUGUGGGAAAUGCCAGUGUAAUGAUGGAUGGCUAGGCCCUUUCUGUAACUGUUCAGCAGGGGUCUCCACAGACUCUGCCAUGUGCAUCGAACCUGGGAAGACCGAGCCUUGCUCAGGAAGAGGAGACUGCAUGUGUGGGACCUGUGUGUGCUAUAACCCAAACCAAUUCGAAGGGCCUUUCUGCCAGUUUGACAAAUCUCAGUGCCAGAGAUUUGGUGGAUUUCUCUGUAAUGAACGUGGAAGCUGCAGUAUGGGCAGAUGUGUUUGUACACCAGGAUGGACUGGAGAUGCCUGUGAAUGUCCUAUCAGCAGUGAAUCAUGUCUGGACAGCAAAGGGGGCGUCUGUAAUGGCCGUGGUGUGUGUAAAUGCGGUCGUUGUGAGUGUGAACACUCUGGACUUCCUCUGAGCCCCACUUGUGAAGCGAACUUCCAGCAACAAUUGGGCAUGUGUGAAGCCAAAAGGAGCUGCGUUCAGUGCCAGGCCUGGAACACCGGCGAGAGAAAAGGACGGAAAUGUGAUGAAUGUUCCUUUAAAAUCGUCAUGGUGGAAGAGCUCGAAGAAGAUAAAAACGUAAUAGAGGCGUGCAGUUUCCGUGACGAAGAUGACGACUGCACAUAUCACUACACUGUGAAUUAUCCAUUAAACAUCACAGACAAAGAACACCACGUCCUAGUAAAGAAAAAGAAAGACUGUCCACCUGCAGGUUUCCUGUGGUUGAUUCCUCUCAUUAUGUUUCUGAUGCUAUUGCUUGGUUUGCUUUUGCUCUGCUGCUGGAAAUACUGCGCCUGUUGCCAGGCAUGUCUUGCUCUUCUCCCAUGCUGUGGCAGAGGUCGUAUGGUGGGAUUCAAAGAAGAUCACUACAUGCUACGCCAGUCUUUGUUGACCUCUGAUCAUUUGGACACCCCAAUGGUGCGCACCGGCCCACCCAAAAGCACAGACAUUGUGCGCUGGAAAGUGACAGACAAUGUUCAUCGAGGACCAAACCACCCACAGAACCAAAUCAAACCCAACCCCAAAGAGACCAUCCAGUACCCUGUCUCUCUUCGUCUGAACCGGCAAUAUUCAGAAACCCUAUCCAACCCUGAGGCUCGGGACACAGACAUGCUCAGGCGAGAAGUAGAGGACAACCUCAAUGACGUGUUCCUGCAGAUCCCUGGCGCGCAGAGGGUGCAAAAGACUCGAUUCAGGACACAAAGAAAUUCUGGAAAGAGACAGAACAACACGAUUGUAGACACGGUUUUAUCUGCCCCUCGUGCCAGUUACCCAGAUAUUGUGAAAUUGACAGAUAAACAGGUUCAGGCUGGAAACUUCCGGGACCUGAAGUUGGUUCCAGGCUACUACACAGUAGCUACAGACAGAGAAGCGGCAGGGGCUGUGGAGUUUCAGGAGGGUGUGGAGUCAGUGGAUGUCCGGGUUCCCCUCUUUAUCAAAGAUGAGGAUGACGAAAAGAAAGAGCUGCUUGUUCAAGCCGUUGACGUUCCAGUAGGAAUCGCAAAGAUCGGCAAAGAUCAUGUCAACAUCACCGUGAUUAAGGAACAUGCUAGGAGCAUCUUCACCUUCCUGCAGCCGUCAUACACCUACAGUCGUCAGGAUGGUAUGGCGAACAUCCCGAUCAGUCGUGAGAUCCUAGAGGAUGGACGGACUCAGGUCACAUACUGCACCCGUGACCUCACUGCCAAAGACAAGAAGGACUAUAUCUCAGUUGAUGGAGACUUGAGUUAUGCACCAGGCGAAACGCAGAAGACAGUCCCAGUGAAACUCUUGGAGCUUGGGGAGGGAGAUGGACUGCUGGAGGACAAACAGGUCAAACAGUUUGUGAUGGAUCUGAGUAACCCACGGCAAGGCGCUAAACUGGGCCGUUACCCACGCACCACUAUCACCAUCGCAGAUAAACCAGAAUCCAGUGUUGUGAUGUUUAAGAAGAGUACUCAAACUUACAAUACAUCCGACCCACUUUACUCCAUCCCUGUGGUACGCACUCGAAACCAGGAGAGUCCGACCACUGUGUACUGGCGCACAAACAAAGCCUCACGCUUUGACCUCUCCAGUCCUCUCAAAUUUGCUCCUGGCGAGACCGAAAAGAACAUCGUCAUUGAUCCUCGUUCGUAUCCAUCUCCCAUCAUACCUGAGACCUUCCAACUGGAACUGUUUGACCCAAGCAACAAUGCAAUCAUUGGAGAGAGGAAAACCUCAGUGGUGAACGUCAUCGAUGGUAGAGGGGAUGGGAAAAUUGAUUCCCAGAAAAUGGAACGUGUUCAGCAGUUAGCCACAUCUCCUGGAGGACGCCUCUACGCCCCAACCAACAUCAAAGCUGCUGCUUCCGGCCCUAAAAACAUCCGUCUGAACUGGAACCCAAGUACAAAUGCCAAUGGUUACAAGGUGAAGUACUGGAUUUAUGGAGACCCUGAGGCUGAUGCUCAGGUGCUGGAUGUGAAGACUCCUCAAGCCGAGUUGACUAAUCUCUACCCAUACUGCGACUAUGAGAUGCGUGUAUGUGGCUACAAUGCACUCGGAGAGGGCAAUUACAGCGAUGUCAUCCAAUGCCAGACUCUAGAGGAUGUACCUGGUGAACCCGGUCGCCUGGCUUUCAACGUCAUCAGCCCCACUGUCACUCAGGUCAGCUGGGCGGAGCCAGCAGAGACGAAUGGUGUCAUUACUUCAUAUGAGGUUAUCUACAUACCCAUCGACGAGGACAAGAAGCCUAUAGGACCUUCUAAGAAGGUGAUGAUUGACAACCCCAAAAAGCGCAUGCUGCUCAUCGAGAACCUGCAGCCUUCUCAGACCUACUGUUACAAAGUGCGUGCUCGCAAUAAGGUGGGCUGGGGCCCGUACAGAGAAGCCACAAUCAACCUGGCUACACAACCUACCAGACCCAUGUCAAUUCCUAUCAUUCCCGACAUUCCCAUUGUGGACGCAGAAGCUGGCGAUGAAUAUGACAGCUAUCUGAUGUACAGUAAUGAAGUACUGCGAUCCCCAACGGUUAGCCAAAGGCCUAGCGUCACAGAUCUGACUGAAGAUCAGUUUGUAAAUGGAAAGUGGGACCAGAAUUUCCUGUUCCCAGGAGGAAGCGGUUCCCUUUCCCGCAACGUCAGCUCCUCCUCAUCCACAUACAGCCAUUCCUUACCCCGACCCGGUGUGACCAAUCACAGCAGCAGCACAACGUACAUUUCCGGCAAAGGAGGCUCGACGACACACAAAUAUGAUCUUAGGGACGGUGGACUUCUCAAAGAAGAAGUGAUCAUGAGGAAGAACAGGCAUUACACAGACAGUGAUGGUGUGAGGGAUUCUAUCGUCAUGGGAAACCUGUCCGGUGGAUUUUUGGACAACUUAGGGGUCUCUAGCUUCAGCCAGAGUACAACUACCAGCUACAGUUUGAGCUCCAGAGCUCGUACUCAGUCUGAAGAUAUCAACGAUGCACUGCAGAACCUGGAUAGUGUUCUUCAGGACUCUCGCUUCAACCCGGGUGUUCCUGAGACUCCCAGCAGACUGGUGUUCUCUGCCCUGGGGCCCACGGCCCUGAAAGUGAGCUGGCAGGAGCCCCACUGUGAGACAGAUGUACUGGGCUACUGCGUCCUGUACCAGCUACUCAAUGGAGGUGAGGUAAAGCGUAUUGAAGUCAACAAUCCUGCUCAGAACUCUGUGAUGGUUCAGGAUCUCCUGCCCAACCACUCCUACAUCUUCAAAGUGAAGGCCCAGAGUCGAGAGGGCUGGGGUCCUGAGAGAGAGGGAGUCAUCACCAUUGAGUCUGCUGUCGACCCCAAGAGUCCACUGAGCCCAAUGCCAGGAUCUCCAUUCACACUCAGCACUCCCAGCGCUCCAGGACCUUUGAUCUUCACAGCUUUGAGUCCAGACACACUGCAGCUGAGCUGGGAGAAACCUCGCAAACCCAACGGGGACAUCCUGGGCUACGUGGUUACCUGUGAACAGCUGCACGGUGGAGGAGAUCUUCGUUCCUUCCAGGUGAAUGGCAACGCUGCAACGUCUUUGACUGUGUCUGACCUGAAAGAAAACAUGCCAUACAAAUUCAAAGUUCAAGCCCAGACCACGCAGGGCUUUGGACCAGAGCGAGAAGGCAUCAUCACCAUCGAAUCCCAAGAUGGAGGCUCCAUGUCACAAUACAGCAGUCAUUCAGUCACAAAGAAAGACGUGUUCAACCUGCCAACAGAGAUUACUUCACACACCAUGUUCUCAGAACCCUUCGUGUCUCCAGACGGGAUGAUGAUGAUGUCGAGCAGGCAGAUCACAGAGUCGGGCGGCACCAUCACGCGGCAGGUGGAGAUGGUGCAGAGGGGUGUGAUGUCCAGCAGCACCGUCACUAAGAAGGUGGAGAGACAGUACUUCGAGGCCUAAUUUAACUUCCUUUUUUGCCUUCAGCUGAAAUCACAUGGCAGAGCAGCAGUACCAAAACACGCUAAAAUCAAACUAGAAACUUUCACAGACCAAUGUGCACAACAUAUGGUGUUUAUGUGAGCAUGAGAACAGCUGAGUGCUUGGAUUCCUCGGAUUAUUGCUCAUAAAGACCAAAGUCUUCAAGCCUUUGUUGAAUGUAAAGACUUGAAACCUUUUAGUGUUAUCGCUUCCAAACAGGUGUUUGUUCAAACUUUUGGCAUCAAUCCAUGUUUCAUGUAGUGUUUGUGAGAAAUGUUAUUUCUCAUUUGAGCUAGAUUGCAUUCAUUUUGACGAGGUUUGAAUUUGGCAGGUUUCAUAUCAUGAUGUUUAUAUCGUUGAUGUUGCUUUCGAGAUGUAUCAAGUUAUUUGAGCAUGUACGUUUUCUAUACGUAUUUUCACAUCAAGUAUGCCAUGUCUCUUGAAUUAACUCAUUAGGCAUUUUCAGUUUUUUUACUCAUUUGCAAAAAAUGUUGCAACACAAGAGCGCAUACAUAUGGACUCGAUUCUUAGGACUGUAAAUAUGUUACUGAGGUUUGUUUUUUACUGCCUGGUUGCAAGAUGUGCUGUUGUAACUUCAGGCGUGUGGCUGUCAUUUCAGAUGACAUAAAAUCUGCCAGGUUUGUACACUGCUGGCAAUAAUCUCACACCUAUGUACCACUGAAUUAUAUUUUUACUGCCUUUAAUAAUUUGUAUGGCACUUUUGACUUGGGGAAAAAAAUAUCUUUUUUUAGAGUUUUAUAUUAAAAUUGCAUUUCACACCAUCAUAUUCAAGCUGUAGUACGUAGUAUGCAAAACAUCUCACUGCAUAUUAGUUCAGCGCACCAAUAAAUCAUCCUACCACA